GAAAAUCAUUCUUAUCUUAUCACCAGCAUGAUGACGCCUAGUAAUUAAGAGUUGAAGUGGAGUGGGAUUUUUUUUCUCCGCGUAAUAAAUUCCGGGAAUUUGGACUUCCGGUUUUGUCGCUGAUACUGGAAUGUGUAUUACUAACAAAUCCACUCUCGGUAUUGAAGGAAAUUACUGCAUGGAUGAAUCAUAAAGGAAUAAUACUUCACUUUCAGCAUUGACUCACUAGGCCGUUUUGGGGGAAGUACCUCUGAAAUCUGGGGAGCGCGCACUGUAGUGGAGGAAUUUCCGUAGCGACGUUUUCAAGCUUGCCAAACUGGUUUCUUAAUGAGCUUGGCUUGGGUAUCACGAUCGCGCGACUGUUGCUAGGUCGGAUUGCGACCGUACAAGCAAUCGCGUGGCUGGAAGGUCAUCAGAGCUCUGCACCGAUCGAAACUAAAGCCGUGGAAGAGUUUUAGUUGAAGAUCAAUUCUUUGAAGAGCUAAUUUCGACAUUAUUUAAUAUGUCCUUCAUUCUUAUCAUAACUUUCGGGUGUUUAAACAGUUCUGCUGAAGUACUCAUCAACGAAACAAAAGCUUUAAAUAUUUCGUAGUUCUGGUGUUAAAACUUCCCUUGAAAAUUUUAAUGACAUUCGCUGAGAGGCGAAACCAGCUCACAUUUGCUUCCUGCAAGUUAUACAAGCGUAAGUAAUUAAGUGUCUAUUAGUUAAGUAGUUAACGACCUCUUCCCUUUGUACGGUUCUGUUCGUACGCCCGCGUAUAGCGUCAUGCAUAACUUUUAGGCGCCGACAAUCUGUCGACUAGUGCUGUCUAAGCAUGUCGCGGAAGAUAUUUCACGCCCUCUCGAACUCUCAAGAGUAAAUUGUUCUUUUUUUGCAUACGGAGAAGCCUUUAAAGUGUGCAGAGGGCGUACGAUUAAAUCUGGUGACCCUUUUACGCUUGUUUACUAUUAUUUCCAGCAAGCCUGUUGAAGGACUUGUGCCCAACCCUUGUGUCUUGGUUUUGAUAGCCAGUUUACCAGUCUUUUAGUGCUUAUGUCAACACACGGGUGACACAGCUUGGUGUGGGAAAUAUCUAUUUAUAAAAAACAAACCACCCCACCAAUUGCCGGUUCUUGUAGGACCCACAGUUCUACAGCACGAUGCACACUCCUUUGGACAUGCGCAAUGUAGCGGUUAGUGUUUGGCAAUUUUUUUUUAUACCCAAAAUGUUAAAACAGAAAUUGUUUCCUAAUUUAACGUUUGUGUAACGUUUCCUUCUUACUACUGGUGACGUCGUUUUACCCUAAAGCCAUUUGCCAACCAACAGCUGUACCGAGAGUGUGCCAAAACGUGAUGGUUUUCGAGCGAAAUGUCUUCGUCUGUUCGUUUGCAAAUGUGCUCUAUCCAUGGCAAUGGCAUUCAUUGCAAAACUGGUUACGUACAGCUUCGUGUCGAGGUGCGUUUGGUAUUUGGAAAGCAGUUGGAAAGGAACGAAGAUUUCCACGUCUUCACUUAUCCAACGAAUAGCCUUUCCGCCAGCUUAUGCUUUGCAAAACCCGCAAAUAUCGAAGCGAGAGAGAGAGGGAGAGAGAGAAAAAUAGUGCAACUAUUGAGGAAGCAGACAAAAUACUGCUUCAUAAGCGAAACGGCACCGGUGGAAAAUUGCCCGAAGAGCUUUUCCGAGCGAGCGGCAUUUCCGAGCCGACCAUGAGAAUCGAACACCUUCUUAUUUGCGAGAAGCGAUUUUCCUGCUCACGAGUAGCUGAACGCGAACACGAAUGGUUUGACGGAGGUCUUUUUUUCCUCCUCCUUAACAAACGGGCAUCACCUGCAAAAACCCGAACCUUCCCAAAUGUUGUUUCUCGUUCACCUCCGGGAAUAUCCAUCGGUUGGUGCCAGUUGAUGGUGAACGUUCGGAAAAGUUGGUUACCGCACCGUUGCGUCGUGCCGUGAGUGUGUGUCAGUCACAGGGCCAGAACACAUAGAACACGGGUCAGCAUUCUAUGGUGUUGGCCUGUGAAAACGAACGGGCUCCAAGCUUAGGCAGGACGCAUUCAGAAUCGACAAACCACCGCCAUGAGCUCGUUGGCAAUGUUUCGCGUGUUUGGGUGAAUAAAAGUCCCACCCCAAACUCUACAACUGACAACCGGAACAACGCGGGGUGUACCAUUCAUUUCCGUAAACGAAAAGAAGAGUUCUGAGGAUUACGCCGACUAACUGUGCGGCGUGGUUACCGAAGGACGAAUUGUUUGUGUGCGCGUGGUUUUAUCGAUCCCGCUCUUCCGGGGCUCUUGGGGCGGUGAAAAUCAGCUGCAACGUCAACCGCCCCCUACGAAUGGAUACACUGGACAGUGAUUUCUAUGUCGAGCUAGUAACCAAGUACUUGGAUAUCGGUGAGGAUCUAAAUGUACCUGAUGACUUCACACAGAGCGAAAUGCAAACCGGUAUGUGGUGGCGCCAUUUGGCGGCCGGUGGAAUUGCUGGUGCCGUGUCGCGCACGUGCACGGCACCGCUGGAUAGGUUGAAAGUGUUCCUGCAGGUUCAAGCAUCCAAACAAAGAAUCUCAGAUUGUCUUCAGUACAUGCUGAAGGAGGGUGGCGUACGGAGCCUCUGGCGCGGUAACUUCAUCAACGUGCUAAAGAUCGCCCCGGAAAGCGCGAUCAAGUUUGCGGCGUACGAGCAGGUGAAACGGUUGAUCCGUGGCAAUGACAAGCGCCAGAUGACGAUCUACGAGCGGUUUGUGGCGGGUGCGUGUGCGGGUGGCGUCAGCCAGACGGCAAUCUAUCCGAUGGAAGUAUUAAAAACACGACUAGCGUUAAGAAAGACGGGCGAAUACAGCAGCAUCCUGGAUGCGGCAUCGAAGAUCUACCGACGCGAGGGACUACGUUCGUUCUAUCGCGGCUACAUUCCAAACAUGCUCGGCAUCAUCCCGUACGCCGGUAUCGAUCUGGCAGUGUACGAAACGCUGAAGAAGAAGUACCUUAGCCACCAUGAGACGGAACAGCCAAGCUUCUGGCUGUUGCUUGCUUGUGGCAGUGCGUCCAGUACGCUCGGCCAGGUAUGUUCGUACCCGUUGGCAUUGGUGCGAACUCGAUUACAAGCGCAAGCGGUUACAAUCGGUCCGAAUCCCGACGGUAGCGUAGCGGUGGAACCGAACAUGACGAAUGUAUUUAAGCGAAUAAUACAAACGGAGGGUCCGCUUGGUCUGUACCGUGGUAUUACACCGAACUUCAUCAAAGUAUUACCGGCCGUCUCGAUCAGCUACGUCGUGUACGAGUAUACGAGCCGUGCCCUCGGCGUUAACAUGACGUGAUCUGUUCCGGCGAAGAACGAACAUCAGAUUGCUGGUGGCUCCGCUUACGAGGCAUCGCAACAGCAUCCGCUGCCGUCAUUCCGAGAUUCCUCUUUCGGCGGAAUACCGGAGGGGGAAACUUUCGGGACGUCCUUUUCGCCCUUUGCCUCCAUCUGCUUGCAGUACACGUAUCACACAUUAAUAUAGACCAGACCCUUCCAUCGGGGGCAGUGUUUUAAUCACAUCCUUCGGGGGAGUCUCACACACCAAACUGUUAGUCUUUUGAUUGUUGUUGUAUCGGUUUGCAUUUCCCGUUCGCCAUCGUCAUCGCGAUGUGUCGUUGCCGCGAAGCCAACAAACAAAUUAAUGAAGAAGACAAAGUGAAAAAAAACACCAAACCCAAUGUGGAUCGUUCAUGAGCAAUAGAGCAAGGUGGUGUGAUGCACAUCCUUCCUACACAUCAUCCAGCUUGCAACGAAAGCCCUCUGUUUUCGCGCUUCCUAAGGUGUGCAAGAUCUUUCCGUAAAAGUUUUACACGCUUGUUAACUUCAGUAAAGCACCGUGAUCAGCACACGGGUGUUAGUAAUUCGCUAGCAAAGCAGCGCGGAACAGACGUUAGAAUAUAGUGACGAUGUGUGGCAGUUGGUUGCGUUCUGAUAAUAGCGUGGAAGGAAAUGGUGUUAGCUAAGAGACACGAAUAUGCAGUGGAUUAAAUUAUUUCUCUUAUUUUUAUGGUAGCCAAUUUUCAAAUUAUUUUCUGAUUCCAUUUAUUCAAUUAUUUAUCUAUUCUUCCAACACCCGAAAUUGCGCUCGCUCACGCUCCCAAGCUCAAGCACGAAUGCAAAUGGAAUGAUAAAGCAGGAAUGGUAAUGUACACUAAACUGAAGCCCAGAACAAGACAGUACACACACACACCCGUUCGUUCCUUAUUUUUUUACUUUCGCAGCAGAGCCCGCGAUUGUGGAGACUUACGCUUCUCCGUACAUAGUAGUAGCGCUAGUUAGGACUUACAAAACAAUCAAAGAAAGUGGCUCUCUCUUCCUAUUACCUUCGGUCUUUAUCAUUACCAAGUACCAUUUGUGUUGUAAUGCAUCGAGUGCACGAGUGUCCUGUGUGUGGACGGAAUUUCAGAUACCUUAAGUAUGAUUUAAUGAAAUAAUCACGCUUUAAAUGAAUGGAAUGAAUUCUGCGCAAAAAGAGAGAAAGAGAUAAACUAAUAGAACAAAUGUAAUGCAAAGUUCGAAGCGGUGAAACGCAGAAGUAAACACACGUACACACCUAGUAAUGAAAGACUUUUACAAUUUUAAAUUAUUUAUUAACAAAGCAAGAGCAAGAAGUACAGUAUAACCGUGUAAGGAAAUGGAAAAAAAGAAAACAGUGACAACAUGAAAAUCGAAAACAUGAAAAUGAAAUAUUACAAUAGAACAAAUAAUAGUAUCGAAAAUGGAAAAGUGUAUUGCAAUGUGUGUUUGCAUUUGAACGAAUGUUUUUGUGCCGUAUUUGCACAUACGACAGAAUGCAAGUUGAGAAAUGGUUUCAUCUAUUAUUUACACGUUUGUUUUUUUUGUUUCACUUUUAUAUUACCUCAUUAGAUCAUUCAUAGCACAAAAUGUACCCAACAUAUUAUUUCGUAUAGUUCGUUUUGUUUUUGUUUUUAGACAAUUGCUUUUAUUGCUUUUAAUACUGUUCUUUGCAUGCUUUUUUAUGUCAUUUACUAUCGCUUUUACAUGAUUUAACACAUAAUCGAGCGGCCAAUGUAUCGUAAUCCUUCACGGAUCGUGCGAUUGUUGUAGUGAAGAGAAUGAGAAGACUUAGGGAAGAGAAAAGAACUAACAGCAGUUUAAUGCAACAUAAAUUAACCGUAAUAGAAAACAAAACAAAAAAAAAAAACAAAUAACCGUUUUAAUGCGAAUGCGCAAAUGAAACACUUUUCGUCAGCAGAGCAUACAAGUUAUUUCUCCUGUGAUCAUGGAUGUUAAACUUAAAUAUACUGAAACAUAGAAUAACGCCUUCAACGACAGUACUAAACGAUAAAAUCUACUGCUGAAGAGGGAAACCAAACACUGAACGCUAACAAAGGGGCUAGAAGAAGACGUGAAGGAGCAAGCUUUUGAGUGGACGCAAACAUGUAAGAAUAAUUAUAAUGAAUACAAUGAAUCAAAUGAGCCAUCGUUAAAACUACACCGUCUAUAAUGCUCUGGUUAACGAUUUAGAAGAAGAAAAAAAUCGCCACUAUCACCACAAGGAAAGGAGGAAGAAAUAACGCAGGGACGAAAGGAAACGCAACAAACGUAGGAACAAAGGGACGAGUUUAGUUUAGCUAGGAUAUGAUGAUUUUGAAAGGACAUGGAAAUGGAAACAAAUGAAAAACGAUGCGCGUUUAUCAGCCUGCAAUGGGUGGUGUUUAACGAAGUUUACAAAAUUUUGUGUGUGUUUGUGUGUUUGUUACCAGUGAAGUGAUAUAUAGAGGAAUGUUGUUUUUCAUUUUCAAUUUUACACUUGAAAAAUUACACAAAAUACCGUACCAAAUGAUGAGACGAAACCACAAUGAGAGAGUGCAUCAGUUCUGGCAUCGUCGAUCGAUGAUGCAUCCUUGUUCCUCCUGAAAUUGAAACCAAUUUUCUUUUCACCGAGUGCACAGUUCAUAUCGCUCAAGCGAUUAUUUAACGUCGAAAAAAAAACAGCAACAACCUAAAACCAGUUUAAUCCUCUUCCCUGUUUCGCUCUCUGCUAUCUACACUCUGAAUGGGCUUCUAAAAACACAGACACAGUUGUGCAAAAAGAAAUAGAUAAUUUUUUCCAAUCUUUCCUAAACACGUUUGUUCGUUGAGCAUUGAAAAGUAAAGCAACACAUAGUGUGAAACCGUGACACAUACUAUCUAAAUUUAAAUACCGCCAGUCGACGUUGUCCGACCGAAAUCGCGUGUCACCAACUGAAACUGGCUAACAUUUACACAGCAAUGAAGGAAGAAAACUCCAACCUAAUGCCGCUACUAAUUACUGCAGAAAUGUAAUAGACAAAUUACUCUGAAUAAAUGAAAGCAAAAGGACAAUUUCAAUAAAUACAACAGCAACAACGUAAA